CAAAAGAUGCGGAUGAGCUGUAAUGGUUGCAGAGUUCUUCGAAAAGGGUGUAGUGAGGAUUGCAGUAUUAGACCGUGUUUGGCUUGGAUCAAGUCGCCUGAAGCGCAAGCCAACGCAACCGUGUUUCUUGCCAAGUUCUAUGGCCGUGCUGGACUCAUGAAUCUCAUCAACGCCGGUCCCGAUCAUCUCCGUCCUGGGAUUUUCCGAUCGUUGUUGCACGAAGCUUGUGGGAGGAUUGUGAAUCCGAUCUAUGGUUCAGUGGGGUUGUUAUGGUCGGGAAAUUGGCACCUUUGUCAAGCCGCCGUGGAGGCUGUUAUGAAAGGUGACCCGAUCACAGAGAUAGCCACCGAGGCAGCGACGAACGGCCAAGGUCCGCCGCUAAAGAUGUAUGACAUCCGACAUAUAUCAAAGGAUGAGAACUCCGGCUCUGCUACUGCGUCAACCGACCUGAAACGGACGAAAAGUCGCCGGACUAAGCGAGUCGCCGCCGUCGUUAAACCGGAGGAAUCGGGGGGAAAAUCCGGCGGAGGAGAGGCUAGUCACGAGUCGUCGUUGAGUCACCAGUCUGAAAUUGUGGCUGCUCAUGAAGGAGAAAGCAAAGAAUCGGAAAGCAAUGUCCCGGAGGCCAUGACAUUCUCGCCGCCGGCUGUGCAGGGCGCCGCCGGGGAGAUCAAGCUUGACCUAACUUUAGGGCUCGAGCCGGUGUCACGUGCGUAUCACGUGGUACCUGUUAAGAAGAGAAAGAUCGGCGUGUUUGGCACGUGUCAGGAGGAGAGCCCGUGUAAGACUGAGCUUGUGCUCUAA